AUGGCUUCAUAUACUACGGUGUCAGAUACAGGGCAGAGAAACAGAUUAAUAAUCAUGGCUAAUAAAGUUACACCAGUAGAAAAAUCUGGUACCGGAUCAUCUUCAUCGGAAAUGGAUGUGAUGAAGACUUAUGUUAAAUCUAAAUUUGGCUACAAUGGUGCUGCGUUAACAGAUGCGAAAGUAAAUAAUGUACAGCGUGAACGUUUUGCUUAUCAAAUUGAUAUAUGGACGUUAAUGGAAUAUCGACAAACAAAAAAAAUCACUCGACCUUACAACGGUGAAAAUAUACCUAACGCCACGAAUCGUAACGAAUGGGAAUUUGAUUUCGAACGACCGCCGGCAGAUUUGAAAAAGACGAAAACCGACAUACGUACACUUGAACAAACACGUUGGACAACAAUUUGUCGUAAAUGUAGUGGUUUUUGUCGAUACAUGUGUUCAUCGUGCAAAGGAGAUGGCGGAAAACCUUGUUAUCACUGUAAAAUAAAAGCUUUAACGGAGACUGAAAUGUCCAAUAAGAAACCAUGUAAACAUUGUAAUGAUACACAUGUUAUACACUGUAACGGAUGUAAAUCGACGGGUAUGAUUGAUUGCAAGAGUUGUAAAGGCUGUGGUAAACUUUUGCAUUGGUAUGAAAUGAAAAUCAAAUGGUAUUCAAUUCAUUCAGUUACCUACCAAUCAAAUACAAAAAUACCAGUUAAAGUUAUUCCAAAAUUAAUCCGUAAAGUGCCUGAGAAGAAAGAUUUCUGGGACAAUGAUCAAAAAUGGACAAAGACAGAUACGUUUGAUAAGUAUUUUCAAAACACAUUUGUUAAGCAGCAUCCGAAUUCGCAUAUUAACGUCGACAAAUUGACGGAAGAUUUCAACAAGAAACAUGGAAAGAAAGCCAAGAAAAACUGUCGAAUUGUUCAAAUCAAAUGCUCAAUUCAAAAACUCGAUGUUACUGAAGUUGAAUACGAAGCCAAAGGAUUUGCUAAUAAAGAAGAAAAAGAAAUGGGUGACAAAUUCAAAUACUAUGUAUAUGGAAAAGGAAAGAAAGGUGAACCACUGGUUUACGAAAAUGACUAUCCAAUGAAUACUUGUGGCUGCUUCGGUCCAAAAUGUGCUCAUCAUUCAGUAUGCUGUACGAUAGCGUAG